UGACCGUGACUGUGACCGUGACCGAGGGCGUCGCUGGGGCACGGCCGGGCGGCGCCGCGGGAGUGUGCAGGACCCGCCAUGGGGGCCGAAGCCUCGGGGAGCCGGCCGGAGCUGCAGGAGCUCAUGCGCGAGGCGGAGAUCAGCCUGCUCGAGUGCAAGGUGUGCUUUGAGAGGUUUGGCCACCGGCAGCAGCGGCGCCCACGCAAUCUGUCCUGCGGCCACGUGGUCUGCCUGGCCUGCGUGGCCGCCCUGGCGCACCCGCGCACGCUGGCCCUCGAGUGCCCAUUCUGCAGGCGAGCCUGCCGGGGCUGCGACACCAGCGACUGCCUGCCGGUGCUGCACCUCAUAGAGCUCCUGGGCUCGGCGCUUCGCCAGUCCCCGGCCGCCCACCGCGCCGCCCCCAGCGCCCCCGGAGCCCUCACCUGCCACCACGCCUUCGGCGGCUGGGGGACUCUGGUCAACCCCACCGGACUGGCGCUUUGUCCCAAGACGGGGCGGGUCGUGGUGGUGCACGACGGCAAGAGACGUGUCAAGAUUUUUGACUCCGGGGGAGGAUGCGCGCAUCAGUUUGGAGAGAAGGGGGACGCUGCCCAAGACAUUAGGUACCCUGUGGAUGUCACCGUCACCAACGACUGCCAUGUGGUUGUCACUGACGCGGGAGAUCGCUCCAUCAAAGUGUUUGACUUUUUUGGCCAGAUCAAGCUUGUCAUUGGAGACCAAUUCUCCUUACCGUGGGGUGUGGAGACCACCCCUCAGAAUGGGAUUGUGGUAACUGAUGCGGAGGCAGGGUCCCUGCACCUCUUGGACGUCGACUUCGCCGAAGGGGUCCUUCGGAGAACUGAAAGGUUGCAAGCUCAUCUGUGCAAUCCCCGUGGGGUGGCAGUGUCUUGGCUCACCGGGGCCAUUGCAGUCCUCGAGCACCCCCUGGCCCUGGGGAGUAGGGUCUGCAGCACCAGGGUGAAAGUGUUUAGCUCAAGUAUGCAGCUUGUUAGCCAGGUGGAUACCUUUGGGCUGAGCCUCUAUUUUCCCUCCAAAAUAACUGCCUCAGCUGUAACCUUUGAUCACCAGGGAAACGUGAUUGUUGCAGAUACAUCUGGUCCAGCUAUCCUUUGCUUAGGAAAACCUGAGGAGUUUCCAGUACCAAAGCCCAUGGUCACUCACGGUCUUUCUCAUCCUGUGGCUCUUACCUUCACCAAGGAGAAUUCUCUUCUUGUGCUGGACACAGCAUCUCAUUCUAUAAAAAUCUACAAAGUUGACUGGGGGUGAUGGGCUGGGGUGGGGCUCUAGAAUAAAAAGCACUAGUGCUGCCAUUAAUGAAUUGUUUAAUCCUGGGUAAGUCACUUAAACUCAUCUAUCCAGACAGGGAUAAUUAAAACUGUCUGGCAGACUUACAAAGCUGGAGACAAUUAUUAGAGAUUAAUCUACCAUUUAUUGAAUGCAUACUCUCUGUGCAAGGAAAUUUGCAAAUAUUAGUUUAUUUAAUCCAUGCUAUCCAGUGAGGUAAUUUUUUUUUUUUUUUCUGAGAUAUAGUCAAGCUCUGUCACCGAGGUUGGAGUGCAGUAAUAUGAUCACAGUUCACUACAGUUUCAACUUCCCUGGGUCAGGUGAUCCUUCCACCUCAGCCUCCCAAGUAGCUGAGACCAAAGGCGUGCACUACCACACCAGCCAAUUUUUGUAUUUUAGUAAAGAUGGGGUUUUACCCUCUUGCCCAGGCUGGUCUCAAACUCCUGAGCUCAAGCAAUCCACCUUCCUCAGUCUCCCAAAGUACUAAGAUUAUGGGCAUAGCCACCUUGCCCAGCCAUAAUUUUUAUUAGUAAUCUCAUUGCACAAGUGAGAAAACUGACACCCAGAGAGCUUAAGUGACUUCCCCAGGCCACAGUUACUUACUGCAAUAGUCACAAUUUGAAUUCAAUUCUGACUCCAAAUAAAUUGCCCUUAAAUAAGAUAACAGACGCAGGGGGGAAAUAUGUGAAUGUAUAGUGUUACUAUGUGUACUCUCUUUACAAGUAGCUAAUUAUUCUAUCACAAAGAUGUGCAAAGAGGGAGACUUUAUGGAGAGUUCAGGAGAAAAAGGAUUUUGUGGUGGGCAUCGCUUUCAUUCCACUUGCAACUGCCCUGAUGGCACAUUAGAUGAAGUUACUAUUGAUCCUGAGUUACAUGAAUAAGAAAAACAAUUGAACUACUUAUUAAAAAGAUAAACAUGUCUUUUAA